AUGCCUGCAGACAGGCUUCUCAACACAGUACUAAAGUACUACCAAGACGUCCACGACCCCCCCAAGACGGACCAGAUAAUCGGCACGACGACCCAGCUGCUCGCCCAGCUCUCCAAUCCCCUCAACCUCAGCCUCCUCACCUCCCAGCUUCUCACGGCGCGCGCCAUAUGGCAUCGCCAGGAUGGUCCCCGAACGGCGAUACGAAUCAUCGGCAUUUACCACACCGCGGCCGCGCGUGUGCGUGACCAUGAGAUGCAGAACGCCAAGCAUGCGGCAGCCUCUCCGAUGGAAGGCACAAGGGAAGCCAACAGCGGGCUGCGAUGCGACGCCUGGGCACGAGCCGUCGUAAAGGGUGCAGACGAAAGAUCUAGACGAUGGCAGCACCUCCUCGUGUUGACGGGGAUCCUCGUCGGCAUGGAGGGCAACAACAGGCGCGCCUUGUCGAGCGGCCUGCGAAGCACCCUCGAGCAGGCCGUCGUCACCGCCGCGAACCUCGCGCUGGACGAGAAUGUCGAGGACGGGCUUCCCGCAGCGGCAUCCAUCGUCACGGCCCUAAACUUUGCGUUCCCCCUUCUCUCCGACCACCGCAGGGCCCAGAUCAACUGCAACGCCCUGCUCCCCAUGGCCGUCUGGGCCAUCACCGCCGAGGAGGGCUUCUGCGACGGUCAGUUCCUCAAGGCCAUCGCCCGAGACACGACCGAGACGGCAGCGGCGCUGCUCCACUGGCCUGCCACCUCGCCCUCCUCGCGAUUGCUGCAGGACAUGGACAAGCAGCCGUUGAUGGCCAACGUGGGCCCGCUUGCCAAGCUGGCCGGCUUCGCGGUGCAGCAUGCGACGGACACGGCCGCCGUGCUGCAGGCCCACGAUGCCCUCGCCGUCUUCACCAGCAGGCUCCUCGACUGCUGGGCGAGGAACCCCCUGAGCGGUGUGGACGCAGCUUCGGAGGGCACCUGCCUGACGGCCGACACCCUUCAAAACACCUGGCCGCUGCUCUGGCAAGUCUUGCGGAAGCUUCUCUACGGGACCGUCGCCGUCCUUCACGCCAUCGUCUCUCGCAGCUUGCUAGACCCUCGCAUGCUUGCCCACGGCAUGGCCCCGGGCGUAUCCGCCACGUCGCUGCACAUCCUGCGAAAUCUUUACUUCAUCUCGUCGAGAAACGGCAACGGAGCGUUCCAAGUCUACACCUUCUCAUACCUGACAUCCAUCGACGUCUUGUCAAAGGACGCGGCCGCGACGGAUGCCUUCCUGCGCGAGCUGCGGCCUGGAGAUGCUUCGUCGGUCCCGGUGGCACCAUUCCAGAGGAUGCUGGAUCUGUUCUACCUGAACGUCGCCGAGCAUCUCCCGCUCUCGCUCUCGGUCGAGGCUUGCGAGAAUCUCAUCAUCAAGCCGGCCAUGACGUACAUUUCCUACGACGGGCCCAUGACACCAUCCAUGGCUGAGCUCUUCGAAUCGGCCCACAGCGCCAUACUUUCCGUCCUCUGCUGUCCCCAGCACAGCCCCCUCACCAUCCAAGUGGCCCCCUUCUACAUCGUCAAGCUCUUCGAGUCCUUUCCCGACCGCAUGUCGCCGCGGCAGUUUCGCGUAGCCUUCAAGACGGUCAUGGAGAUCGUCUCGCCGCCGUUCCCCAUCGCAGCCAUGGAUCCCCACCUGUCCGAGACGUUGCUGGAGAUGCUCCGGACCAGCAUCGCCGCCGCGCCUGCCGCGCCGCUCGACCCGUCGGCCAACCAGCCACCCCACGCCGGGUUGACGCAACAGGACGAGGUGCCCAUGUCUGUGCAGAGUUCUCUCGUCAUGGCCCUCGUCGACUCGCUGCCGUUCCUGCCGCUCCCGCUGGUGGAGGAGUGGCUCACCGUCACGGCGCAGACGAUGAACGGGAUAGCGGACCCGAGGCUGCGGGCGCCUGUGAAGAGCCGAUUCUGGGAUGUCCUCGUCAACGGCGAGAUGGACGUCGAAAGGUCGACGAUGGGCGUUGCCUGGUGGGGAACCAAAGGAGGCCGCGAGCUGGUCUUGUCCGGCGAGCGUCGUGAGGAGCCGAUGAUGAGCGGCGCCCUCGUGCGUGACGGGAACGCAGGUCGGCUGUGA